GGGAGCGCCGCCGAAAACUCGCGAAUCACCACGCAGCCCAAGCAGAGCCUUAAUUUGCCUACGGCCUCUUUAAGUAGCGAGGCGCUUCCGGCCGCCUGGGCCUUACUGCGCUGCGUGCGCCUCCGGACGGCUCUCGGGUUGUCUCUUGCGCUGCCCGCUAUGCCGGAGCCGGCUAAAUCCGCUCCCGCGCCCAAGAAGGGCUCCAAGAAAGCGGUCACCAAAGCCCAGAAGAAGGACGGCAAGAAGCGCAAGCGCAGCCGCAAGGAGAGUUACUCCAUCUACGUGUACAAGGUGCUCAAGCAGGUGCACCCGGACACCGGCAUCUCCUCCAAGGCCAUGGGCAUCAUGAACUCCUUCGUCAACGACAUCUUCGAGCGCAUCGCCGGCGAGGCCUCCCGCCUGGCGCAUUACAACAAGCGCUCCACCAUCACGUCGCGGGAGAUCCAGACGGCCGUGCGCCUGCUGCUGCCCGGCGAGCUGGCCAAGCACGCCGUGUCCGAGGGCACCAAGGCGGUCACCAAGUACACCAGCUCCAAGUGAGUCCCCGCCGGGACGCGGCGCUCGCCUGGGGCGCCGGCCGCUUCGCUCCAAAAGGCUCUUUUCAGAGCCACCCAUCUUCUCCGUGAAAGAAGCUGUUUUUUAUUUACUUAUAUUCAAAACUUCUCUUUUUUUAGCACU